AUGACGACUUCUUCUCCCCCGCCCAGCAACUCCUCGAACAACGAGGGAGAGUCUGCAGAACCUCGAGAUUUUGAGUCCGAGAGAGUCUUCUCUUGCAAUUUCUGUAAGAGAGAAUUCUCGACUUCCCAAGCCCUCGGGGGUCACCAGAACGCGCAUAAACAAGAGCGCGCCUUGGCGAAAAGGCGGCAAGGGUUGUUGGACACGGUGGCGCCGUACGUGGGCCCGCACUACCACCCGUACUACCAUCCCUACUCGGCGUUUUCAUCGCAUUUGCCGUUUUAUAACUCUUUUGGGAAUCGAUCUUUGGGCGUGAUGCCCAAUUACUCGUCGGCGAUUCAUCGGCUGCCGUCUUCUUAUCAUCACCCCUCGUUUUUGGCGGAGAAUUCGAACUACUCGCGCCUCGGCGGCGGCGAGAAAUGGUCGCCGAGAUCGCUGCUAACGCGGCCGGAGAGUAUUCAAGGAAAUAAUAAUAGCAGCGCUUUUGCGACGACAGGUUUCGUCGCAAAUUCGUUUAAACUGGAGAUCAAUAAUAAGGGUCAGCUUGGUUCUGGAAUUAAAGUUGACGAUAAUCAUACUUCUGCAGAUGAUUCAAAAACUGAAGGUAAAAAUAAUGCUUUAUUGGGAGAUGAUGAGGAUAAGGGGCAAGAUCAAGAAGAUGCUUCAGGGAUUGAUUUGAGUUUAAAGCUUUAA